UGUUUCCGGGAGUUGUGCAGUCCCAGAAAAAGCCAAAGCCUGUGAGACUCAGCAGAGGCCAGAGGAAAACUUCAGUAGCCACUCAGGCCUUAUAACACGUGACAGAAUCCACUUGGAAGGGAGACGCUACAUGUGCCAUGAGUGCGGGAAAAGCUUCAAUCAGCGCUCAAACCUUAUCACACAUCGGAGAAUCCACACAAGGGAGAAGCCCUACAUGUGCUCUGAGUGCGGGAAAAGCUUUAAUAACAGCUCUGCCCUGAGCACACAUAGGAGAAUCCACACGGGUGAGAAACCUUAUGGAUGCGCUGAGUGCGGGAAAAGCUUUAGUUGGCGUUCACACCUUAUCGCACAUCAGAGACUCCACACAGGAGAGAAGCCCUACAUGUGCUCUGAGUGCGGGAAAAGGUUUAUUCACAGCUCUUCCCUGACCACACAUAGGAGAAUCCACACGGGUGAGAAACCUUAUGGAUGCUCUGAGUGCGGGAAAAGCUUUAGUCAGUGUACAAACCUUAUCACACAUCAGAGACUCCACACAGGAGAGAAGCCCUACAUGUGCUCUGAGUGCGGGAAAAGCUUUAAUCGCAGCUCUUCCCUGACCACACAUAGAAGAAUCCACACGGGUGAGAAACCUUAUGGAUGUUCUGAGUGCGGGAAAAGCUUUAGUCAGCGUUCACACCUUAUCACACAUCAGAGAAUCCACACUGGAUAG